AGUGAGUUGUAUGUUUGUAUUCGAUGAACUUCCUAUGUUUUAAACGUGUGCGCGCAGUGAGCGCGUCUGGCACCAGUCUGAAGCACCUCCUCCAUCUCUCCAAUGGACGGUGGGACAGCGGUAGCGAUACUUACAGUCAGGAUUUGUGAGUAAAUCAACUCCUUUCAAGGUAAUCCAGUGCAAUUCCACUUCCAUCAGGACCAUGGCGUCAAUAGACCGACAGUACAUCAUUGUGGAGCAGCAGUUCUCUCACAAGCUGAAGGUCACCGUCCUGCGGGCGGAGAAGGUCACCAAGGGGGCCCUCGGGGAUCUGUUGGACACUCCGGAUCCUUACGUUGAGCUGUACAUUCCGACGGCCCCCGAGAGCAGGAAGAGAACCCGCCACAUCGACAACGACAUCAACCCCCAGUGGGACGAGACCUUCCACUUCAUCCUGGACCCAAACCAGCAGAACACACUCAAGUUAACCCUCAUGGAUGCCAACUAUGUGAUGGACGAAACUCUCGGCACUGCUUCAUUCGAUAUCUCCGCCAUCCAAGUCGGACAGACGGAAACCCAACACUUCCUCAUAGGCAAAGAGACCAAAGUAUUCCUGGAGAUGUCUCUGGAGGUGUGCACCAACAUGGACCUGCGCUUCAGCCUCGCGCUGUGUGACCAGGAGAAGCUGUACCGGCAGGCCCGGCGCCAGCGGGUGAUGCUGGGCAUCAAGAAGCUGCUGGACAUGGAGAAGCCCCGGUUCCUCCCCAGCUCCCCUCAGGAGGUGCCUGUGAUCGCCAUCGUGGGCUCUGGGGGGGGCUUUCGGGCCAUGGUGGGCUUCUCGGGCGUGAUGAAGGCGCUGUACGAGUCGGGGGUCCUGGACUGUGCCACCUACGUAGCUGGGCUCUCUGGGUCCACAUGGUACAUGUCCAUGCUCUACUCCCACCCAGAGUUCCCGGCCAAGGGGCCGGCGGACAUCAACCAGGAGCUGAUGCAGAGCGUGAGCAGCAACCCGCUGCGGCUGCUGCUGCCCCAGCACCUCAGCAGCUACGUCCAGGCGCUGUGGACCAAGAAGGCGGCCGGCCAGCCCGUCACCUUCACCGACAUCUUCGGCAUGCUCAUCGGGGAGACGCUGGUCCGCGGGAGGAUGGACUCCACUCUGACAGACAUGCAGCAGAAGGUGGGCGAGGCGCAGUGCCCUCUGCCCCUGUUCACCUGCCUCCACGUGAAGCCCGACGUGUCCGAGCUCAUGUUUGCAGACUGGGUGGAGUUCAGCCCCUAUGAAAUCGGCAUGGCGAAGUACGGGACCUUCAUGACCCCUGACCUGUUCGGGAGCAAGUUCUUCAUGGGGUCGGUGGUGAAGAAGUACAACGAGAACCCUCUGCACUUCCUUAUGGGUGUGUGGGGCAGUGCCUUCUCCAUCCUGUUCAACCGCGUGCUGGGGGUGAAGGACACGGCGGGCGGCAGUACCAUGGAGGAGGAGCUCGAGCAGAUAAGGCCACGGCACAUCGUGGGAGAGGACAGCAUGGACAACGAAGAGGAGACGCAUAAAGGGGGCAGUGAGAACCAGCAGGCUGAAGAGGAGUUCCACCGGAACGCUCAGGACAGCUGGGGCAAGCGGAUGGUCACCUCCCUGUUCAGCGAGUCGGCCAUAUUCAACACUCGAGAGGGGCGAGCUGGGAAGGUCCAUAACUUCAUGCUGGGCCUGGCCCUGAACACCAGCAUCCCCUACACUCCCUUCAACGAGUUCUUCUGCAACGGCACGGCGCCAGAGGACGAGGUGGACGCCGUCACCGACCCUGAUGAGUUUGUGCGCAUCUACGAGCCUCUGGAUGUGAAGAGCAAAAAGAUCCACGUGGUGGACAGCGGCCUGACCUACAACCUCCCCUUCCCCCUCAUCCUGCGGCCGCAGCGCGGCGUCGACCUCAUCAUCUCCUUCGACUUCUCCGCCCGGCCCAGCGACUCCAGCCCGCCCUUCAAGGAGCUCCUAUUGGCAGAGAAGUGGGCUCGGAUGAACAAGCUGCCUUUCCCCAAGAUCGACUCCAAGGUGUUUGACCGGGAGGGUCUGAAGGAAUGCUACGUGUUCAAGCCCGGGAAGGGUGAGAGGAACUGCCCCACGAUCCUCCACUUCGUCCUGGUCAACAUCAACUUCAGAGAAUUCAAGGCCCCUGGAGUUCCCAGAGAGACGGAAAAGGAGAAGGAAUAUUCAGACUUUGACAUCUUCGACGACCCCGAGACGCCGUACUCCACGUUCAACUUCCAGUACUCGAACCAGGCCUUCUCCCAGCUGCACGACCUCAUGGAGUUCAACACGCUCAACAACCUGGAGGUGAUAAAGGACGCCAUAAAGGACCGCAUCGUGCACCGGAAGGAGAGCCCAGCGAGCUGCGCCGUCUCCCUGUCCCUUGACGAGGUCCACAACAAGAAGUUCCUGAAGCGAGCUGCGCCCAAAGCCCUCUAGAGCCCCGAGGGGGGGCCUGUCGUAGGGCUGCACUUCACGAUGCUUCUUAGAGUGUCCUGUGUUUAGUAUUUUCGUUUUGGAAAAUGUGAUCACUUUGUAAACCUUUUUUUGUGUGUAAAAUGUGAAUGGUCAGGAGCCUGAGGUCUGUCAGUCUGCCUCCUCUUCAGGAUGACGUUCAGGGCCUUGACUCAAUAACAUGCUGGGUGAGUCAUCCAAACAGGCAGAGCAGUUUAAACAUGCACCGGAGUCCCUCUCACCCGGGGGUUUGUUUGAUGGCAACCCCUAAACACACCAAGAGCAACUUAGAGAAUACCUCAAACAUCUCCACCAUGUUUACUCACCUAAAGCAAAGGAGUGCCCCGCCACCCGCCCCCGCCUUUAUCUGCUGGGUGUGUCUGUCAUUAGGAAGCCAAUGUUUUAUGAAGCACAACCCGACUGGAAGGCAUAGCAACGGUCCCCUCUCCCUGCUGCUGCUGCUCUAGCUCCUCCACCGUGGGGCAGUCCCUCUCUGACCCCCUCCACCGUGGGGCAGUCUCUCUCUGACCCCCUCCACCGUGGGGCAGUCCCUCUCUGACCCCCUCCACCGUGGGGCAGUCUCUCUCUGACCCCCUCCACUGUGGGGCAGUCUCUCUCUGACCCCCUCCACUGUGGGGCAGUCUCUCUCUGACCCCCUCCACCACGGGGCGGUCUCUCUCUCUCUCUCUGACCCUCUCCCCCACGGGGCGGUCUCUCUCUCUCUGACCCCCUCCACCAUGGGGCAGUCCCUCUCUGACCCCCUCCACCACGGGGCGGUCUCUCUCUGACCCUCUCCCCCACGGGGCAGUCUCUCUCUGACCCCCUCCACCACGGGGCGGUCUCUCUCUCUCUCUGACCCCCUCCACCACGGGGCAGUCUCUCUCUGACCCCCUCCACCACGGGGCGGUCUCUCUCUCUCUGACCCUCUCCCCCACGGGGCAGUCUCUCUCUGACCCCCUCCACCACGGGGCGGUCUCUCUCUCUCUGACCCUCUCCCCCACGGGGCGGUCUCUCUCUGACCCUCUCCCCCACGGGGCAGUCUCUCUCUGACCCCCUCCACCACGGGGCAGUCUCUCUCUGACCCCCUCCACCACGGGGCGGUCUCUCUCUCUCUGACCCUCUCCCCCACGGGGCGGUCUCUCUCUGACCCUCUCCCCCACGGGGCAGUCUCUCUCUGACCCCCUCCACCACGGGGCGGUCUCUCUCUCUCUCUGACCCCCUCCACCACGGGGCAGUCUCUCUCUGACCCCCUCCACCACGGGGCGGUCUCUCUCUCUCUGACCCUCUCCCCCACGGGGCGGUCUCUCUCUGACCCUCUCCACCACGGGGCAGUCUCUCUCUGACCCCCUCCACCACGGGGCGGUCUCUCUCUCUCUGACCCUCUCCGCCACGGGGAAGUCUCUC